AUGGCGUCUCAAAUGGAAUCACUUUCGGAGAUGUGGAUGUGUGCAGCAGGUAUUGACGAGUGUUCACAGGACUGUACCAACACGGAUGGAACCUACACGUGUGGAUGUCCGGAUGGGUAUGAACUCGACUCAAACGAAAGGACCUGCAACGACAUAGAUGAAUGUAGCCAGGAUAAUCCAGACUGCCACGAGUGUCACAACACCCUGAGGAGCUAUGAGUGUUCCUGUCGGGAUGGGUUUGUGGUCAGUGACGAUGGAACAUCAUGUGAAGAUGUAGACGAGUGUGAUUUAGAGCUUGAUGAGUGUUCAAACGACUGUACCAAAACUGAAGGUGGCUGCCCUGAGGGAUACAACCUUACCUCAGAUGGAAGGUUUUCAACAGAUGUGGAUGAAUGUACUUCGAAUCUUCAUGACUGUUCUCACGACUGUACCAACACAGACGGGAACUACCCAUCUGACUGUCCUACAGGUUUUGAACUCAGCUCAGACAAAAUAACCUGCAAUGAUGUGGACGAGUGCGCCUCGUGGCUUGCUGGAUGUUCUCACGACUGUACCAACACAGACGGGUCUUUCACCUGUGGAUGUCCGGAUGGGUACGAACUGAGCUCAGACGAAAUCACCUGCACAGAUGUUGAGUGCUCUUCAAGUCUCCACGACUGUUCUCACGACUGUACCAACACGGAGGGUUCCUAUAGCUGUGGAUGUCCGGAUGGGUACACACUUAGCUCAGACGACAAGACGUGCAACGAUGUGGACGAGUGCGCUUUAUUGCUGGACGAGUGUUCACACGACUGCACCAACACAGAAUGGUCCUACACAUGUAGCUGUCCCACAGGAUACCAACUCAGCUCGGACACGUGUCCUACACGUGCGACUGUCCUACAGGAUAUGGACGGAAGGAUCUGUGAUGAUGUGGAUGAGUGUGCGUCAGAUCAGGACGAGUGUUCACACGACUGUACCAACACGGACGGGUCUUACACGUGUGACUGCCAUACUGGAUACCAACUCAGCUCGGACGACAAGACUUGUGAAGAUGUUUACGAGUGUUUUACAAGUGCCCACGACUGUACACACGACUGUACCAACACGGAUGGGUCCUACACUUGCGACUGUCAUACAGGAUAUGCACUCGAUACGGACGGAAGGACCUGUCAUGAUUUGAAAGAGUGUGAGUCAGAUCAGUACGACUGUUCUCACGACUGUACCAACACGGACGGGUCUUACACGUGUGGAUGUCCUGAAGCUUACGAACUCGGCUCUGACGACAGGACCUGUAACGACGUGGACGAAUGUUCCAGAAAUCUCCACGACUGUUCUCACGACUGUACCAACACGGACGGGUCUUACACGUGUGGAUGUCCUACAGGAUACCAACUCGGCUCAGACGAAAUGACCUGUGAAGAUGUGGACGAGUGUGCAACAGAUAUUGACGACUGUUCUCACGACUGUACCAACACGGACGGGUCCUACACGUGUGGAUGUCCUACCGGUUACGAACUUGACACCGUCGAAAAGACCUGCAACGGUUCAUGCUGUCCACCGUAACGUCUGACUCUGAGGACUGGAUGAGGAAAUGUG